AUGCCCGUGUCGCAAGUGAACGUCCUCCUCUCAUCCUUCCCAGGACUUUCGCUUCCUUCUACAGUCGCAUUCGCCCUUCCGGCGACGUCGACUCUAUCAGAUCUAUGCGACAAAGUUUCGUCAUACAUCCCCUCCUCCAUAACGCUGCAGUCCCUUGUUUUGACGACUACGAGUAACAAACAAAUACUGCCAUCUGCACUUCCGAUUUCCGAAUUCAUCUCACCAAGUGAUGAAGCGACCUCAGCAUCCACCCUUCUUCCCCUCCGCCUUAGCGUCCCCAUGUGCGGAGGGAAAGGUGGUUUCGGGUCACAGCUCCGUGCUGCCGGUGGGCGCAUGUCAAGCCGGCGCAAGCGCAACCAAGGCGACGACAAUGGAUCCAGCCGUAAUCUUGAUGGUCGCCGUCUCCGUACGGUCAACGAAGCUAAGGCACUUGCGGAAUACCUUGCUGUGAAGCCAGAGAUGGAUAAAAAGGAAAAGGAGGAGCGGCGGCGCAGGUGGCAGGCCGUUGUGGAAGCCGCGGAAAAGCGCCAGGAGGAACUCAAGAAUGGAGGCGGAAAGCAAAAGAUAGAUGGUCAGUGGAUGGAAGAUAAGGACGAGAUGAACGAGAAGGCUAGGGAGGCGGUCUUGGCGGCUAUGAAGGAAGGCGUUUGGACGGAUAAUCUGAGGGAUCAUCUUCUAGGUGGCUCCAGUACGAGUGCCAGUGAAGGAAGUGGCCAGGAGACUCCCUCCGCUUCCGAAGAGAGCGAUGAGGAAGAGGAAGUAAAAGAUGCGCUUGCACAGGCUGGUCCAUCGCAGGCUGCAGCGCCUAGGAGGUACAUUGGAUUUGACGAUGACGAUGAGUUCAUGAGCGAUUCGGAGGAGGAAGAGGAAACUGCUGCAGAAACAGGGAAAGGAAAAGCGAAAGCCUGA